AUGGGUAAAAAGAAAUCGAAUUCCUCUAAUGCCGCACAAACAUUGGAGUCGUCAGUGUCACCAAUUUUGGAAAUCAAUUACAAUGAUCCUUUAUUUACUGCGGCAUCUCAUCCCACAAAACCAAUUCUAUUAUCAGGUUUAGCUACAGGUCAUGUCUACUGUAAUUCUUAUGAUGCUGAUAAACUAGAAGAAUUGACCCAAUCCAAAAGAGAAGAAUAUGAUACAUUGGAAAAACAAGCGUAUACUCAAGGUAAAAUCCCACACAUCAAUAAAUCAGUUUCUCAACUGAAAAAGAAAUGGUGGACCAUAAUUCAAGACAACACUGAAAUCCCAACUGAUGGGGAUCUCAUUAAAACUAAUUGGAAAACAAAACGUCACAAGGGAUCGUGUCGACAUGCCAUUUUUGAGCCAUUGGAAAAUUCUGUGGGAGAUUUCAUUUAUACUUGUGGAACUGAUAAUAUUAUUAAAAAGGCAUCAACUGAAACAGGGAAAGUUGUGGGGAAAGUUGAUGUUCUGUCCGAUUACUCAAACAAAAAAGAUUUAUUAACUAAAUUAUGUCAUUCAGCAACCCAUCCAUUUUUAUUAUCAGGAACAGAGGAUGGGCAUGUGCUCGUUUAUGAUAGUGCCAAUUUAAACUCCAAUAAAUUAAAAUUCAAAGUUGAAAAUGCCCAUGACGACUCUAUAAAUCACAUUUUAGCCAUGCCUGCAGUGUCUGCAUAUCAUUAUCUCACAUUGGGAUCAACCACAUUAUCACACAUCGAUAUUAGAAAGGGUAUAAUAACCCAAUCUGAUGACCAAGAAGAUGAAUUGCUAGCAAUGUGUUUCCCUAGUGAUGAAGUCUCUCAAUCAAAUGAUACUGUCUUAGUUUCUCAUGGUGAAGGUUUGAUUACUAUAUGGAAGAAUUCAAAGAAUAAACUCAUGGAUCAAUUAUCUCGUGUAAAAGUUAAUAAAUCCGCAUCUAUUGAUACAAUCAUUUCAACAAUGAAUACAGAUAACGAGGAUAUGGCAAACUCAGUUUGGUGUGGUGACAGUGAAGGAUUAUUGCAUAGGAUCAAUUAUAAAAGAGGUAGAGUUGUCGAGACUCGUUUGCAUUCAUUGUCCAAAGGUAAACACGGUGCAGUUGAUGAAGUGGGAAUUUUGGAUAUUGAUUUUGAUUAUAGAUUGGUUAGUGCUGGUAUGGACACAUUAAAAAUUUGGUCCAAUGCAGAAGACGAGGACCAAAAUGAAGAGAAUGAUGACGAUAAUGACGACGUUGAUGAUAACAAUAAUGAUGAAGUCGAUUCUGGGAGCGUAUCUAGCGAAGAUUCCUGGAGUGAUAUAAGCUCUUCAGAAGAAGAGUCUGGCUCAAACCUAGAUAACGAUUUUGAUAAGGAAGAUUUAGCCGUUGAAGAAGGUCAACAAUUACGCAAGAAACGAGAUGACAUUUCCCAACUUAUAUCCAAACCCAAAAGAAAAACAAUUGACAUUAACAAAUUAACAAAAACGAGUAAAGACUCACAACCAGAAGAAGUAGAGGAAGAACUCGUUGAACCUUCUCAAAAGAAACAAAAAGUUAAGGAGAAAAAGUUGACCACGAAACAGCUUCGUAAUAUGCAAAAGCAUGAACAUGGUAUCAAGAAAUUUGAAGGUUUGUAG